AUGGACGAAAGUGCCAGCGUGCACAACAACGGGGCGCUAGCCUCCUUUUCUCCGCAGUGUGUCGUCUGCGAUGCCGUGCCGUUUUAUGGCGGGGGUCGGGACGUCAUCCCAACGUGCUCGUCCGUGGAAAAGACGUCCUCUCUGUGGCUCCGAAGUUACCACCUGGCCACCCUGUCCUCGUCUGACGUGGGACAUCUGAAACAUCUGGAAAAUCUCUACAUAGAACCAGGAAACCUUGUCCGUCUGGAGAUGGGCACGUUUGCCGGGCUGCAUUCCCUACGGCGCCUGUCCCUGACACGCAACAAGCUGGCGUUUCUCGGAACGGGGUGGCUGAUCCAACCCAACGGCCGCCUUAACCUGGCUCACAACCACAUAGCCUACAUACAGGACGGGGCGUUCGGCUCGGUGGAUGGCGACUGUCGGACGAUGGUCCUGCUGCUACAGUGGAACAGGCUGCACGUCAUCCAACCAGGUUACUUCAGACAGCUUUGCAUGCUAACGGUCCUGGACCUUCGGUACAACAGAAUUCACACCAUACACAAAGGUAGUUUCAAUGCGCCGUACCGACUCCGAAUUCUGCUUCUUGCCGGUAACAAGCUAAAGGUAGUCACCUCAGACUGGUUCCCUAGGCCUCCGAUAGAAAUACCAAGACCGAGACUGCUCAGUCGCGUGGACUUGGCACAGAAUCAAAUCCAAUACAUCGAACCCGAGGCGUUCAUGUAUGCCCCUCUUUUGGAGUUUCUUGGUCUCUCCAACAAUCAGAUCACGAGUCUACACGAGUAUCAGUUCAGGUUCGAGUACUCAUUGCCGGCGUUCCCAAGCAUCACCUUGAUACUAGAGGGUAACCCCAUUCGCUGCACGUGCGCUCUUCGGUGGUUCCUAAGAUCAGGUCGGCUCUUCAACGCUCAGUCGGAUUUCGGGCUGUUGGCCUGCAGUUAUCCUAAAGAGUUGGAAGGCACCAAGCUGAGCAACUUCACAAGCGACAUGGAAGCGACCAUGCAGUGCCCAACUCCAAAAGCAACCGUAACAGCGUUGGAUGAUGGCCGAACCUUCCGGUGUGAGGUGUGUUGGGAAGAGGGACCAACCGAACUGAUUGAAUGGACUCUUCCGAACGACACUAAAAUCAUCACUAACGUAUCGUUUGGAACGAGAAUACAAGUCAACCUUGGGGACAUAAACGCCACGACAUCUUUCUCCUUCAAUCCAAGUGGUUUCAACUGCUGCCAUCCCAAAUCAGUCCCUGACAAUGAUUCAACGGUCGUUACCGAACAUUGCAACUUUGUGAGCAAGACGCUCUCGUAUGUCACCAUCAGUGAAUUCCUGGUGAAUGGUAAAGAUCUAUCUUGUACAGCGUCCUUUCUCUCAGACGGAACAAACAUUACAGCUCAUCACAAUGUGCAAGGACCGGUAGACAAGACGACAUCGUUUAGGAUCAUUCAUGACAUACUUAACGCAACGCCCUCUUCACUAGGCAUGUCGACAAAGAAAAGAUCAGGAACAGAAGAAACGUUUGUCAUCCUAAACUCAGAACAACGCACCGCUAAUUUUUACGACUUGCUCAUCACCACGUGCUUGACAUCAUCGGUUUUCGCACUGGGUUGUUUUCUGGUUACCGCGUUAAGAGCGGCACGCGAGCGCAAGCGACAGGAAGACAAUAUGAACCACGAUCGUGAUGACCCGUUCUCCCAUCACACGUACGAAACCGUGGAUGGCCAACCCCCGCUCUGUCAUCAUUACGAAGUCAUCCGAGACGAUCAACUGGAGAACGACUAUGUCAUCACGCCGUACGCUGUUGCUGUAGCAGGUACCUACCACACGGACUUGCGUUUGCCCACUAGGACCGAAACUAGACAGUCUCCCCGUCCACACAGGCACAACUUUGGGGCGGCUGGAAACAUCCAAAACGCCCAUCCACACAAACGCAACUUUGGGGCCGUUGGGAACGUCAAAAAUGACCAAGACGCCCGGAGCAAGAAAAUCGAGGCAGUUGUCGGAAAUGAAGAUGCCUUGCGUGCCAAGAAAGAUCAUCUCUGGACUGGGCGCGAUAGAUUUAAAAUAACCCAAAGCCAGGUUGACGUUGGCUUCGUUGGUGAGGCUACAAAAGGGUUAGACAGCUCUGUGCGAGACUCAAUCAAUGAAGUAAAAGAGCCUGAUGAAGAUGACCGUGUCACGUGGCUUUAG